AUCUCCCCCCAUCUCCCCCCAUCUCCCCUCAUCUCCCCUCAUCUCCUCUCUCCCCGCAUCUGUCGACGCUCCGUGUCUGCGACUUCGCGAGCCCAGCAUGGCGGCCCCUUCUCUCUGCCUGCUGGUGCUGCUGCUCGCCGUCUCCCGCGCUCUCCACGCGUUCCCUGCCGACGUCGACCCCAUCACCAUCACUGUCGGCAGAGACAGCGAGAGUCUCCCCGUGUUCCUGGGAGAGGACGACUCCACCAACAGCAGCCUCAACGUCCAGCUGCUGCUCCUGAUCGGAGCACGCCUGCUCAUAGCAGGGCGGGACCACGUGUUCACUGUGGAUCUUGAGCCGCCCCGUGCAUGGCGCCAUCACCCACAGCGCGAAGCUGACGUGGAUGGCGGAGCGCCAGGAGGUGGACCGGUGUCUCAUGAACGGCAAGACGGAGGAGGAGUGUCACAACUUCAUCAAGGUGGUUGCGCCACGAGGAGACGGACUCCUCUUUGUGUGCGGCACCAACGCAUACAGCCCCACGUGCAGGAACUACCAGGGAGGGCGGCUGCCUUCGCAGGCGAGCGUCUCUACUCGGCCACGGCCGUGGACCCCCUGGGGGUGGACGCGGUGGUCUACGGGAGCCUGGCCCGGCCCCCCCUGCGCUCCCUCAAACUCGAUCCAAGUGGUCUCAAGGGUACUGACCCCCCCCCCAACUGA